AUGGGCCAAAGACUGCUGCCCCGGAGACGUCGAACGGUGGUGCCGCUGGUGGCAGCCUUGGUGGUGCCGCUGGCAGUACUUCCCCUGGCCAAAACCGGGCCUCUUUGGACUGAAGGUGGCGAUGCGCAUGAGUCAGUUCUUGCAAAGUCCGCUUUGGCAGAUUUCAAAAGAGAGUUGCCACACCCCUGGCAGCGGAUAGGCAACCUGCUGCUGAAGCCCGUCUCCUGGGCCUGGCCGAGUCGCCGUGGCUUUGGGAAGAACGGACGGGAGCGGCUGAAGAAUGCUGGACUACAGGAAGCGGCUGGUGGCUCGAAAUGGCAUUCUUGGCUGCAGGAAGUCUGCCUUGUUCUUGGCUUGGACACGAGUGGUCACCGGCGAGGUGGUGCCUUCUGUCCAGAACUUUGGAUCGAUGAAUCGUGGCCCCCCAAUCGCCUCACGCCUCAUGGGCAGCGCUCUGCGCCGGUCUGGACGUUCGCGGGUGGAGAACGCGGACACAUUGUCAUUCAAGCAAGUCUCAUGAAAGACUUCUCCAUGAAAGGGGCCAAGGCCCUCCUGGGCUUCGAAGUGGCUGGUAUCACUUUACCCACGCUCCCGGCUCACCUCCCCAGCGGCAUGCUGGACCCGCUCUGUACGGGUUACCUGCUGUGCCAGGCCUCCUGGGCAGUGCAUCGGGCCACCACGCCCAACUCGGGCUUGGCCGGUGCGCCCAGGUGGAUUCGUGAGAUGUUGGUGCACGGUGGCCGCUUCGAGAGGCCUUACAGCUACACCGGGCAGACCGCAGAGCUGGCGGCGCUCGGUGGCUUGCUGCGCAGACUGAUGCCCGGCGUGGUGCAGCCGCCCUUGUUUGAACUGCUGCAGGUGAACCAUCGAAACUUGGAGAAGGCGCUGAAGCAUCGAAAAGGUUUGCGUUGGCAGCUCCGAGCCGCACCAGAGAGACCACUGGAAGGCUUUGGGAAGAGCUUUCUGGUGGUGAACUUGAUGCGGCUCCUGGGUGGAUCCAGGGGACGAUCCUUCGUCUUGACACAGGACCGUGCCUCGGCGCUCUGCGCCGGUGACGCCAAGGCCGCCGCGCUGGCGCUGCUGCAGGCGCGGCGCUUGGUGCCGCCGCGUCUGGCCAGGGUGGACGUCGACGAGACCUUGUCCUCCUUCGCCUCCCGUGCGCACGAGAGCGCCUGGCGCCUGCGCCGCGACGCGCUGCUGCGGAACCCGGCGGAGCCGCCGCCCGCGGUGCGGGUCGCGGAGUUGUUGAGCUGGGCGCAGAGCGAGCAGGGCAAGCGGUUGAUGGCUUUGGCUGAGGUGCGACGGGGCCACCGGGUGGUGGUGGAGAGGCUCGGUGAAGAGGUCUGGAGGCCUUGGGCUGGAUAUGCUGGAGUGGUGGGCUUACUGGUGCUCCCCGUCUUGACGCCCAUCGACGCGGUGCGGUGGGCUUCCUGGUGCACCAUGAGCUUGACGAUUUUUGGGCUCAUGCUGCCUCUCCUGGGCUUCCUGGGGGCUCCAGCACUGCCGGGGCCGACCUUCCUGAGCCUGGGUUGCCUGGCACUUUAUUCAUUGAUUGCAGGAAGUAUUUGGUGGAACCACCUGCUGGGUGGUGCCAGAAGAUGGGCCAUUCUGAGUGGUCAAUUGGCCUCUCAACUGGUGGACCAAGCGGAUGCUGCUGCGGGCAUCGCUUUCUUGACGCGGGACUGGGCGGAGAUGGCCCGACGCUCCUUGGUGGCGCUGGAUCAGGAGCUUUGCGGUAGCUGGCGAACAAGCCUCCAUGAGCUUGCGUCGAAGCUGGCCGAUCUGCGGCAAGAGCUGGAGGAGCCGCCGGCGCCUAGCAAUGGGCAGAAGUCGCUGCGCGAUGGCUACUCGAGCGUUCCCGCGGAGGAGGACGGAAUGCCCCAGCGUUUGGCCCGUGAACCCGGGUGGAGCCGGGAAGGGGAUGCUCUGAGGGGAUGCUCUAAGGUUCUCAGGUCCAUCACAGGUGAGGUGACCAAAACAGGGGCACCCUGCUUUCGGGCAGGUUGA